AGUGCAGAGGAACAUUUACUCACUUACAUCAAGAUACAGUCGAAAACAGAAACAACAGAAAAAAUAUGUUUGGUCAAAAGUUUGAGGGGAAAUAAAAUGGAGAAUAAUUUGUUUAAAGUCUAAAGUCUGUUAUUAGAACUAUAACUAAUAUAACUGACUAUGACAUAUAUAUUAUGAACGACUUAAAUUACAGUGAUGUUACAAGAAGAUGAUUUGCAACGUGGUUGAGAACCGAGUUUUAAUAUGUUACUGUGUUAAAGGUUCGUUUUGUGUAUUUUUAUGCAUGUAUUCGUUUUGAAGCUUAAUGAAGUUUCACUUUCUCUUGAAAACAAACACAAAAAAAGGUGUUAUAAAAAUGCAGCUUGUUGCAUUAUAAAGAAACCACAAAGCAUUAGCUAUAUUAAUAAUAAAACCACCUACGCCCUGGCAGAUUUAAGGCAAUACUUUCUAUUAUUUUGCAUAGUUUCAAACAAAGUUUCUAAUGUUGGCUCUUUCCUUAUUAGCACAAGUUUUAUCAGAAGUCAGUGAGCUAAGUAUUAGCUACCAGGUGGCUAAACCACAUGCACGACUCCUCGAAGCUCCGUACUCGUCAUUAAAACAGAAGUGUGAAAACCAGAAACAGCAAACAUCAGCAUUUUAUUUCACUUUGACUUAGAACCUGAAAGGACUCAUUUUAAGGACUGUAGUUUCUAACAUUUUUGCAGACUCAGCCGUUGCAGUUCAGCAAGUGACUGACUCAGAUUUUCAGCUGACUUUCCAAGUGCCAUAGAAACCUGGGGUGUUUUUACCAGCAUUAAAGAUUCGUAUCUUUUCCUUUUUCUCGAGGGUAUUUUUAACUGCAGGGAAACUGUUUAGUGUUUGAUGUGACAUGGCAAACAUGUGGAGCAACAGCAGUGGCCUUUUGGACACGACCCUCAGCACAACAACAGACUAUGAUUACUCUUUUAUUCCUUUUGAACCAUGUGAAUUCGGAUCCCAUGCAAGUCGUUUACUCCCGGUUCUCUACUCGCUGUACUUCGUGGUCGGCUUCCUGGGCAACUUGCUGGUGUUGUGGGUGAUCCUGAGAGGAGCUCAGAUGAAAAGCAUGACUGAUGUGUCUCUCCUGAACCUGGCCAUCGCUGACCUUCUUCUCAUCUUCACUCUCCCCUUCAUGGCUCACUACGCCAGAGAUACCUGGGUCUUUGGUAAUUUCAUGUGUGGGCUGGUCCUCGGCGUGUACUACAUCGGAUUUUACGCAGGAAUUUUCUUUAUCGUGUUGAUGAGCAUCGACAGAUACUUGGCGAUCGUCCAUUCUGUGUGUGCCUUGAAAAUCCGCACAAAGGCUUAUGGGAUUUUAGCUAGUGUGGUCAUCUGGAUUCUAGCCAUUAUAGCAUCAUUUCCCGAGCUACUGUACCUUGGAGCCGAAACUUACGGGACAGAAAAAGUGUGCAACGCUUAUCCGAAAAAUGGAGGUCACAAUGAGAUGAGAGUUGCAGCUUUCUUUAAAAUGAACAUUUUAGGUCUAUUAAUUCCGCUGGUUAUUGUGGGAUUUUGCUAUUCGAUGGUGCUCUGGAGGCUUCGAACCCUUCGUACUUCUAAGAAACUGGCCGUACGUCUUGUUGUUGUGGUUAUAAUCGUCUUCUUCUGCUGCUGGAUGCCAUACAACAUUGCAGCGUUGCUCAAAGCACUCGAACUGAAGAGAAUCCUUCCUCCAGGGUGUGAACUCAGCAAAAGGAUCCAGAUGAUGUUGCAAGUCACUGAAGCAAUUGCAUAUUUUCACAGCUGCCUCAAUCCUUUCCUCUAUGUGUUUGUAGGGCAGAGGUUCAGGAAGCAACUCACCAGACUCCUCCACCAGACACCAUGUGCCCAAAUGUGGUGUGUGAAGAGCUACAUGAACCGGGCCACAUCCUCUGUGUAUUCACAGAGCGCUAGUGUGGACGCACGCAAUGGUGGUGCCUGAAUGGACUUUUAUUUUAUAUUUUGUAUAUAAAUUACAUAAAUAUCCCUGCUUUUAGCUAAAGAUUAACACAUCAUACUCAUAUUUUAAUCUUUUGUAAUGCUCACAAAAUGGAAUAUUGCUUUACAUUGCUGUUCAUGAAAUUGCCAAAAACGACUUGGAAAUUGUUUUGGCUACAAUGUGCCAUCUAUUACACUUAACUAUACGUGUAAGGUUACAGACCCAAUAUUAUUCAAGUCAGCAUGAUCUCAAACUUAGGAAUGAAGUACGAGUCAUUUUAUUAGAUCCCACAGGGAUUUCACGAAAGCCAAAACCACAAGCACAAUUCCUUUCCCCACACUUAUUUACAUAGCUCAAGCGAAUUUCCCUGAAUGUUACUCAAACUUCAUGUGUUGUUGGAAUGUCUUUUUUUAUAGAAGUGUUGAAUGUGGGAAAUGAAAACAACAAGCAAACAAACAUGGUGUGUUGAUUUAUGUAAAUUGUGUAGUUGUUAAAGUUUUUCUUAUACUAUACUACAGUAUAUACUAUACUUCACUUUGUUGUAUUUUCAUCUUUUUUUGAUACCCAUUUUUUGUAAUAAUGCAUGUUUAUACAUUAUUUAUAUAAUGGCACAGUCUUGUAUUUGAUUGUAACUUGUAUUAAAUUCUAUUCUGUAUUUAUAUAAUAAUUAACCUAUAAUAAUAAAACCGUAUUAUAAGCAAA